AUCAUUAAGACAAUCAAGAUUAUAUUUGAAAUGUUAAUUUAAGGUUUAAGAUAAAGAUUUUGGCAAAUUUAAGUGUAAAUAAUUGAGGAAACGGUCAAUUUUUAAAAAGGCUUAAAAUUUUACUAUUUAAAAAUUGCCACAUGAGCAAAGGCUGGGCCCUUAAUUGUAUGGCUGUUUGUGUGUGUGUGUGGGCGUGUGUGUGGGCGUGUGUGUGUGUUUAAAGAGUGGGAGGAGGACAGAGAGCCACCAUCUCCUAAAAUACUUUGUCCUGUUUGAACUUCGUUAUUCAUCGCCUCACCUCAGGAACAGCUAGGUUAAAGUUUUUGAAAACAGCAGCUGAAGGUAUGUGUUAAAGCUCAUUUGGGAUGCAAUAUCUAAAAUGUGUUACUUUAAACUUCUCAGUCUGUAUUUGCUUACUUUAAAUUGUGUCAUUUGAAGCAAACGAACCUUAAAUAUAUGUUUUCUUUUCUAACACUUCAGAUCUGUGCGUGGGAGCAACUGAUGGAGUUUUGGUUGGACAAUCAGGGUCAGUCGCAGAUGUACUCCAGAUUUGGGACUCUUCCUGGGAGAAAUUGUGCAAACAGCUAUCAUGAGAGACGGCAGGCGACCUAUAACACACUGUGCUAUGGAGGGCAGCAGGAUCAGGGAAGGGAGAGCAGUGACUGGACGGUACCAGGAUCAAGAGUAGGAGGAGCUCUACAGGAAUAUACCAACUGGACCGACCCCGAGCCGCCUGACUCCUCUUCUCCAAACUUUCCCUUCAUUUUACACCGUCAUGAACAGCGCCACCAGGACCUGGGGGAGUAUCGGCAACAUAACCCCAGAGACAGAGAGUGGGCGUCUCACGCAGCUGCAAGGGACUACGACAGAGGAUUUCUGAGAGAUGCAUGGCCAAAGCGGUGGGACCAGAGUCAGCCUGCCCGUUACAACAGAGAUGUUUCUGCUAAGAGGAAUGACACCAGCUAUCGAGAGCUGGAGGCCUGGGCAGCCCGGUACAGUCACUCGCUGCCAAGGAGGAGACGCUUAGAAGCAGAGUUACGAGAGACUGUCCAAAGCCAGUCGGAGAGAGAAAAACUUUUGACACAUCCUGAAGUUCAGCUACAAUACUACCAGCUAAAUCGAAGCAGCAGAGCGCAUGGGCUGUGGGACAAAGCAGGACCUCUUACUACUGACCCAAACCACAUGAAGGGAAAUACUGAAUACCAAUCAAGGGUACUGGACAAACCUCCUGGAUAUAUUGGACCUCCUCCCUACAACAGGCCACACAAAAGUCCACCUGUGAUGCACCAUUGUGAUUUUGGCAGGCAGCUGGUUGGGAAGAAGCAAGCCGAUUGGUCACAGCCAACUCUCAGAAAGUCAGAUAUUCCUUUAGAUUUGGAAACCAAGAGGAAAGUCGAGAAAGAUGUAAAUAAAAUCUGCCCUGGACUAGAGGAACUAGAGUUCAGCAAACGUGAGAGGGAUGCUUUACAGGGAGUCGGUUCCACUGAUACACAGAAACCUGAAGGCAUUCUGGAUGAAGAACCACAAGCAGUUCCGAAGUCAGACACGGAGAAGGAUGAAAUCUGCAAGGUCAUAGAAGGAAGGAAGUUCAGACUAAAGAAAAAGACAGGAGGAAUGACAAUAUUCUGUCUUGUGUCUCGACUAGCUAGCCCCUCUGAAUCCACAUCUUUACCAGUCUGUACCUCCCAAACAAGCAUCCAAAGCACAGAAAUAGGAGAGCUUUUAAAAGACAGACAGGUGAACAAGAUCUCUGAUGAUGUGGACUUCAGCGCACACAAACUAACAAAGCAGUCAGAUAAAAAGACCCCUGGAUGCAGCGGAAAGGUUAUGCCUAAAGAUGACCUACCAAACAACAUUUUCCUGGAAAAAUCUGGAUUUGUAUCUCAGUCUGUGGAGCCUGUGUUGACCAGAUACCCUUUAUGGAAGGAGCCUAGUUCCAGUACCAAGGCAGAAACCAACAGCCUCAACACAAACUGUUUGAAAGAGACAAAAGGAAGCAUCUUGAACCAGGAUGAGGGUGGGGAUGUAAGAAGCCAAUCAACAGACUUUGAGAAGAACAAAGUAGACAUUGCUGAGAACACUGAGGAUAUGAAAGGUCUACUGGUGAUAGACACCAGCUGUGUUGUUGUCAAAGUGGAGAUGAUUCCUUCACCAAGGAAGGAGCAAGUCCACUAUAUGGACUCCACAGCACAUGAUGAAGGCAGAACAUCUGAAUCCAACUCUGAGGUUUAUCAAGAUGUUGCAACUGAUCCAAGUAAUGAAUCCUUGCAAAGGUAUGAAGACCCUGAAGCUGAUCUGGAUCCAAUACAUUUGAAGAAACAGGAAGACAAAGAGAGUGGCAAUUCCCUCUCUGGUAUGCAGUCAUCUUUGGUUUCUGAAAGGGAAACUCUGGAGGAGCGUGCUGAAAGAAUCCUUGGAAUUCCUCUGCAUGAUGAUGAACAGCAAACCGAUGAUGAAGAACCAAUGAUUGAUCUGUGCAAGGAGGAGCAGAGUGGGGAGGCUGAACCACCUGAUUCAGGGCAAACUCUAGAUGACACAGCAGAGGUUCUCCUAGUGGACAAAGAUGACAAUAGAAAGCAUCUAUCAAGUGAAGAUAAUAAAGAUUUUACAGCAUCUCAACAGCCAGCCAACACCAUGACUGAAAGCGAUAACACUGAGUCCCAACUUGAAACAAACAACACUUCAACCAAAAAUGAAUUGAAGAAAGAAAGACGGGGUGAAUUCACUUGUGGUGAAAUUGAAAAUGAAGAGCAUCUUGUUGAUCUCAGUAAUACUUAUUCAUUUUCUUCAGAUUCAUCAGAUUCAAGCAUACAGGAAGGUGCUGAUUCUGAACUGGAUGCACAAAGUGCAGACCUAACACUUCACUCUGAUGCCUCACCUCCUCUUUUCCCUGAAACACCCGAUUCUCCUUUAAACUCCACUCUCAGUGAAGAGCAUCUCCCAAGCCCUCCUCCUCUGGAAGUACUAUUCCUAGAAGCUGAUAUGGAGAGUGGUGUUGAGCCGAAGCAUAGUGGGGAUGAAAUGUCAGACUCUGCUGAAAACGGGUCCUUGGUCACAGAAAUGAAAGAAGUCUUACCACAUCUACACAGUCACCAAUGUGACAACACUUUUUGCGUCACUGAGAAGGAGCAAACAGCCGAGAAUGAUUCAUCUGGAACUGAAGAAAAGUAUGAAGAUCUCAACAUUUCAGGUCAGCAGCUUAGAUGUGCCCAAACUGAAGGUGCCAAUUAUGCAAACAAGGACCUUCAACUUCAGGAUCUUCAACUAGCUGACAAUAAAUUCUCUGAUCCUUCAGUUCAAACAGGUGAGGACAAUGAAGAAAAUCCAAGAACUUGUGAAUCAGAAGAUUACAGCUUUCUACCAAAGUAUGAUUUGAAGGACAAUGUUUUGUGCAAGACAGAAAAAGAUGCGACUCUGGAGUCAAGCCAAAGAAAUCCAGAUCUGACUGCAUGUCCCUUGAAAGAAACAAAAAGCAAUGACAGAGAUAAAUUCACUCAAAUUCAACUAAACACCUCGCAAAACUCACAAGAUGAAUGCCUUGACGAUACCUGUCCUUCGUCUGGUGAGGUCUUAAACAAGCUCCUAAUCUCUGAUAUUUCAUCUUCUCCACAAGAGCCUGACAGAGACCGUGCUCCUCCCUUCGAAACUGAAUCAACUGGGUGUCCUCUAAGCAUUGACAUCAUUGCUGCUCCGGACAUUGUGGGAAAUCCCUCUAAUUAUUUUUAUCUGGAUUCCUGCAAAGAAUCCAGUCAGUUGACAGCUUUUCUUUCCCAAGAGGAAGACAUUUCUCCAAAGUUCUCUCCAACUUCUGCACAAAAGAGAGCAUCUCAGUAUCCUAAGUCCCUGUUGGAUGUGGUAAGUCGCAUCAGGAAGCACACAGCACCUGACUCCGAGAGCGAAGAGGAGGAAGUGAGCGAACAGUGGGACCUGAGUUGUCUAGAUGUGGUGGCAGACACAAAGCUUGAGAAGAACUUUUCUGAUGAGCUGCAGGCGGUUUUGAAGCACAACACAGGGCAGGCGGACAAAGAACCAGAGGGACAUGCUGAAGAAGACACUAUGUCCUGCAGCAGCCACGUGUCUGAAGGCACUAUUACUUUAGGGAUUGAAGAAACAACACUCUCUGAUGAGGUGAAAGAGGAGUAUGACGCUGUCGAACAGGAGCUAAGAUGCUCCAGUGAAGAAAAAGAUGAAAUCCAAUUGGAAGAAAGUGAAGAAGAGGACAAGAUAAAUAUUUGUGGUUCUAGUGAGGAGAAUCCGGUGGAGGUAGAUCAAGAGGUCAGUGAUGUGUUGAGUUAGACUAACAAGAUAUCUAACAAACAGUGCCUUGCAAACACAUUCUAACCCCUUAAACUUUUUCAGAUUUAGUAAUAUUACAAUCAAAAACUUCAGUGUGUUUCUUUGGGACUAUCUACUAAACCCCAAAAUUAAGCACAACUGAGAAAUGGGAGGAUAAAGACAUAUGGUUUUAAGUUACAAAUAAAA